AUGGCUGCAUCUUUCUCUGUCCCAUCCAUGAUCUUGGAAGAAGAAGGGAGGUUUGAAAGUGAAGUUGCAGAAGUUCAAACAUGGUGGAAUUCCGAUCGUUUUAAACUCACGCGCCGCCCUUACUCCGCUAGGGAUGUGGUUUCUCUCCGUGGAAGUCUUCGACAAUCGUACGGUUCCAACGAGCUUGCGAAGAAACUAUGGAGAACACUCAAGACCCAUCAAGCCAACGGAACCGCUUCUCGAACCUUCGGUGCCCUAGACCCUGUUCAAGUUACCAUGAUGGCUAAACAUCUAGACACGAUCUAUGUCUCCGGUUGGCAAUGUUCGUCGACUCACACCAGCACGAACGAACCCGGACCUGACCUAGCUGACUACCCAUACGACACCGUUCCGAACAAAGUCGAACAUCUCUACUUCGCUCAACAAUACCACGACCGAAAACAACGGGAGGCUCGCAUGAGUAUGUCGAGAGAGGAGCGUGCCCGGACGCCUUUCAUCGAUUAUCUUAAACCGAUAAUCGCCGAUGGAGAUACCGGGUUCGGCGGGGCCACUGCCACGGUUAAGCUUUGCAAACUUUUCGUGGAACGCGGCGCAGCAGGUGUCCACAUCGAGGACCAGUCCUCGGUGACGAAGAAGUGCGGUCACAUGGCGGGGAAAGUGCUCGUGGCGGUUAGCGAACACAUUAACCGUCUUGUGGCAGCUAGACUUCAGUUCGACGUGAUGGGCGUCGAGACGGUUCUUGUCGCGAGGACCGACGCUGUUGCGGCGACGCUCAUUCAGAGCAACGUCGACACCCGGGACCAUCAGUUUGUCCUUGGGUGCACGAAUCCGAACCUGCACGGGAAGGGUUUGGCCGAAUUGUUGUCGGAGGCCAUGUCUCUCGGGAAGUCGGGGCCUGAGCUCCAGGCCCUCGAGGACAACUGGUUGAAGAUGGCGAACUUGAAGACGUACUCCGAAUGCGUGGCGGAUGCCAUCCGCGAGUUACCGGUGAACGAGAUCGAGAAGAGUAGGAGACUAAAUGAAUGGACGAACCAAUCUAGUUUCGAGAAAUGUUUAUCGAACCAACAGGCUCGGGAGCUCGCAGGAAAACUCGGCCUCCCGAACCUGUUUUGGGACUGGGACCUACCCAGAACGAGAGAAGGUUUCUAUCGGUUCCGCGGCUCAGUCGAGGCGGCGAUCGUUAGAGGCUGGUCGUUUGCUCCCCAUGCGGACAUCUUAUGGAUGGAGACUGCGAGUCCCGAUUUAGUCGAGUGUACGAAGUUCUCUCAUGGCAUGAAAUCACGACAGGCGGAAACUAUGUUAGCGUAUAAUCUAUCGCCUUCGUUCAAUUGGGAUGCGUCGGGAAUGAACGAUGAACAGAUGAUGGAUUUCAUUCCUAAGAUUGCGAAGUUGGGUUAUUGCUGGCAGUUCAUAACCUUGGCCGGUUUUCAUGCCGACGCACUCAUUACCGACACUUUCGCAAAGGAUUAUGCUCGUCGGGGAAUGUUGGCUUAUGUCGAGAAGAUUCAAAGAGAGGAAAGACACCAUGGUGUUGAUACAUUGGCUCAUCAGAAGUGGUCUGGUGCUAAUUACUAUGAUAGGGUUCUUAAGACAGUUCAAGGGGGCAUCUCUUCAACCGCAGCCAUGGGCAAAGGGGUGACGGAGGAGCAGUUCGAGAAGUCGUGGACUCGGACCGGAGCAUCGGAUAUGCAUGUGAACGGUGAUGUCGUGAUUGCGAAAUCGAGGAUGUAAGGAGAAAGGCGAAGCGUG